CUCCUACCUGUCUGCAGGGUUAGAGGCUUGAGAACAGAAGGCGUUGGCUGGUAAGUUGAGGCCAACAAAUCGCUUUUUGCUUACACAGUGAUACAUUGCAUUGAAUGAGGGCAAGCCCUUCGUGGAAAGUAAACACUCUCAGAUGCACAUGCACACGUGUCCGCUGUCGUCACUAUCAGUGCAACCCAUGGCUGUUAACAACUGAUAGAGCAGUUCAGCGUCGUGGAGGUCAUGUAACUUUGCAGCACAUCAUCGAGUUUGGGAGGAAACACAUUUCAUGGAUGUCACAUGGAAGCCGACCAGAGAGAAAAACAUGAUGCGGGAGAUGGCGUGCCGGUCCAGAAGGAUGGGGAGCAGCUGUCUAUGGAAGACACCACGUCAAUCCUGCCUCGGCUCAAGAGGAACUCAAAUGCCUACGGCAUCGGGGCUCUGGCUAAGUCUUCUCUGUCAGGUGUGUCAGGUGUGAGCCGCACCAUGAAGGAGAGAGUGACCAAGCCCACAGCCAUGGCCCAGGGUCGCGUCGCUCACAUGAUUGAAUGGCAAAACUGGAGCAUGACCACGGUGGGUGCAGGAGGUGUCCCCAUGCCCCGCAUCACCACCCAGGAGCGGGAGAAGGAGCGGCGGCUGGAGAACGACGCCUACAGUGACCUCAGUGACGGAGAGAAGGAGGCUCGCUUCACUGCAGGUAUCCUGCAGCAGUUUGCGAUCUCGGAGGCGACGCUCCUGGCCUGGUCAUCGAUGGAUGGAGAGAGCCCGCGGUCGGGCUCAAACCAGGGCAGUAUGGCUCAUCUGAGUGAACUCAACCAGGAGAGCAUCAACAGUCGAGAUCAGAUAUUGCACCACUCCUCAGCGGAGGUGUGGCCUCACACGUACGUCUCACAGGGCCACUAUUGCCUCUCCUCCUCCGAUGCCUGGGAGCCGAUCAACAAAGAUCCGUCCGUCGUGGCAUCUCCCCCUGCUGGCUCCUUUGUUAUGGGGACUGAUGGGUAUGACGGGCAGGCAGCGGCCCGCUUCCUGUCGCAACAACCGCAGCAGCAGUUCACUCUCCAGCAGCAGAAUCAACUCCAACAGUUUCAGCAGAUCCAACAGAUCCAGCACUACCAGCAACAGCAGCUCCUGCAGUAUCAGCAACAACAGUCGCUGGAGCACAGGCUGCACAGUGCCAACCACUCUUUGCAAGCGACGCCCAACAGCACCAUCCACAGCCUGGUCCAUCCCGCUCACCCACCAUUGGUCGAUCUGUGGAACACGGGGCAGAUGGAGGCCUAUCCGACAGACGGAGGCUACAUCGGUGUGGCGGCGGUGGUGGAGCCGAGCCUCUGUGUUCCCUCUGGAGAAGACAUGGGAACAGAGCACUCUCCGCUACUGGAGCAGCAGGAGGAGGAGGAGAUUAAGGAGGAUGAGAUGACACUGUGCAUGGAGCCAGAGUUUGCCUCGUUGACUCCGCCCACGCAACAAGGGGAUGCCUCUGGUGGCAGUAGUCCGGGGCAACCGCCGGCAGAGCCAAUCACAGAGCGGAAGUCCUCCGAUGUCACCUCCAGCCUCGUUCAGACUCUAGAGGAGAAGGAAGAGGCGGAGGGGCAGGGUCUAGCCGCUUCCAUGGCAACCAACUGAGUACCUGGAUGUCAAGAGACUUCUUAUUACAAACUGAUCGGAGAGUCUGCAAGGAAUGAGCGUAAUAAUACAAUAUAUAUAUAUUAAUCUGUUACUUUUCAGGU